AAUGCAGAAUGAGCAAAGUGAGUGGGCGAGGGAAGUCAUUUGUAACAAAAACUCAUUAUUUACAGAUGAGAAAUUUAUAUUGUCAGCGUAAUAUCUGUGAGGCUAAACAGAGCUGGAGAGUAUAUAAAAGCAGUGCGCCUUGGUGCAGAAGUGCAGAGCUUAGGACACAGAGCACAUCAAAAGUUCUCAAAGAGGGCUUGCUCUCUCUUCACCUGCUCUGUUCUACAGCACGCUACCGGAAGACAGCAGAAAUGAAAAGCAUUUACUUUGUGGCUGGAUUGUUUGUAAUGCUGGUACAAGGCAGCUGGCAACGUUCCCUUCAAGACACAGAGGAGAAAUCCAGAUCAUUCUCAGCUUCCCAGGCAGACCCACUCGGUGAUCCUGAUCAGAUGAAUGAGGACAAGCGCCAUUCACAGGGCACAUUCACCAGUGACUACAGCAAGUAUCUGGACUCUAGGCGUGCCCAAGAUUUUGUGCAGUGGUUGAUGAAUACCAAGAGGAACAGGAAUAACAUUGCCAAACGUCACGAUGAAUUUGAGAGACAUGCUGAAGGGACCUUUACCAGUGAUGUAAGUUCUUAUUUGGAAGGCCAAGCUGCCAAGGAAUUCAUUGCUUGGCUGGUGAAAGGCCGAGGAAGGCGAGAUUUCCCAGAAGAUGUCGCCAUUGUUGAAGAACUUGGCCGCAGACAUGCUGAUGGUUCUUUCUCUGAUGAGAUGAACACAGUUCUUGAUAAUCUUGCCACCAGGGACUUUAUAAACUGGUUGAUUCAGACCAAAAUCACUGACAGGAAAUAACUAUAUCACUAUUCAAGAUCAUCUUCACAACAUCACCUGCCAGUCAUGUGGGAUGUUUGAAAGGUUAAGUCUGUAAAUUUAAGAGGUAUAUUCUGAGGCCAUAUUGCUUUACAUGCCAAUAAAUAAAUUUUCUUUUAGUGUUGUGUAGCCAAAAAUUGUAAAUGGAAUAAAGUUUUGUGAAAAUAUUGCUAAAAUAUCAGCUAUAAAAUAUGAAAGUGCUAGAUUCUGUUAUUUUCUUCUUAUUUUGGAUGAAGUACCCCAACCUGUUUACAUUUAGUGAUAAAAUUAUUUUUCUAUGAUAUAAUUUAUAAAUGUAAAUUAUUCCAAUCAUGACAUAUCUGCAUUAUAAUAAUAGGAGAAGAGAAGAACUGGUAGCCACAGUGGUGAAACUGGAAAGAUAACUUUCUUCUUGAAACCUUUGUCUUAAAAAUAAUCAGCUUUCAAUGUAUCAAAGAUACAAUUAAAUAAAAUUUUCAAGCUUCUUUA